AUGAACGCCCCCAAACAAGUCCUUUUUCUAGAAAGGAUCCUGUUCCUCUUUGAGUUGAAGAAAAGGAAAGCAGGAAGGGCCCAGAUCCUAAGGGUCAGUCCACCAGAGUGGCACACGGAAUGUGACAUUUGCACUUUGGGUGGCUAUGUGAUGGAAGCCAUGGAAACAGCAAGAGAUGACAACAACCUCCUCAUCUUCAAGCCAGAGACCAUCAAGAUGGUGAGGAACAGGUUCAUUGAGGGGGACUAUCAUGACGAUAUCACACCGCUGGUGGAAAGCAGGGACCUGCUGUUCAAGGUCAGUGAUACAUCUAUGUGGGCAGACAACGUGUCCAAGGAAAUCCUACCUAGCCAUGACCAGCUGUGUGAGGCAGAUGGCAAGAUCGAAGAGCUUCAGUUACAGCAAAACAAAAUGCAGUACGAUGCAGAUGCCCUCUCGCUUGCGCGAGAUGCUGCGCAACUUGCCAAGCUGUAUCAACAAGAGAAAAAAUGUGAACGCAGUGAGCGCCUGCAGAAGGUGACCCAUCUCAAGCAGGAGAACCAAAUCGGCAGUGGCCUUGUCAUGCAGCACAUGAACAAAUACUGUCGGCAUCUUGCGGGUCCCGUCUCUGACAUGACCGAUGAGAUUGUGCAGUUCACAUCGAAGCUGAAGGCCGAGAAUGGAUCUCUGGUGGUUUGGUUGGACUUCAUGAAGUAUGGUGUGGUCAGCAAAGAUGAACUUAACCAUACAGUGGCCAUGCUUUCGAAAGCCCUGAGCUCCAUGCCAGACAAGGCAAUUGGGUUCGUGAUCGCGCCGAGUUCGCAAUCUGAGCGGAGGUCCGGCAUCAGAGAGGAGAGGGUGGAGAAUAAAUUGGACGCCAAAAGCUUGGAAAGCGAGUCCAUCCUUCUUAGAUUGGAAGAUCCACCAGCGACGAAGAAGGAGACCGCACAGCUCCUGAGCGGAAGCGCUAUGCCCAAGGCAGUGCUCUCCAGCCUGUUGAGCGGAGCAACUGGGAUUGGACAGGUCAUUGGAGUGCUGAACUUGUCACCAUAUGACGCGUGGCUGGAAUCAGUUUGCCUCAAGUGGGGCCCUCGAACAGAUCGUGACCUGCGCACUUUGUCUGUUUCUGGCAACUUGAACUAUGUCCAGUUCUCGCAGAAACAAUGUGCUCUGAUCCUGCUGGAGGACCUUUCUUUCUUUGGUUGUGCUGGUGAUUCCAUUUGUAGCCAUGGGGCGAUGGGGGAUUGGAAAGCUCAUGGCACUUUGAUGGGGGACAAGGUGAGGAAGUACGACCCGGCGAUCCCUCCCUCGGACGACAAGAUCGACCUCAGCAACUUUCCCUUGAAACUUGCCAAACUUCAGGAGGAUGUCUCAAAACGAGGCUGGUCGAGAUUCACGAUUUCUUUGAGCAAUGAAAUUCGAGCUCUUCAUCUUGCUGAUGUGGUUCAUGGGCCUUCUUGGAAGGCUUUGAUUGCAGACUUCGACCGAAAGUCGCAUGGUUGA